AUGGCCUCCAAUAAAACUGUAUUGCAAAAAAUGGGAAAGAAACAGAAUGGGAAGAGUAAAAAGGUUGAAGAGGCAGAGCCUGAAGAAUUUGUGGUGGAAAAAGUAUUGGAUCAACGUGUAGUAAAUGGGAAAGUGGAGUAUUUCCUGAAGUGGAAGGGAUUUACAGAUGCUGACAACACUUGGGAACCUGAAGAAAAUUUGGAUUGUCCAGAUCUCCCUGAAGCAUUUCUUAAUUCUCAAAGAGCUGGUAAAGAAAAAGAUGGUACAAAAAGAAAAUCUUUAUCUGACAGUGAAUCUGACGAUAGCAAAUCAAAGAAAAAAAGAGAUGGUGCUGACAAACCAAGAGGCUUUGCCAGAGGUCUUGAUCCUGAAAGAAUAAUUGGUGCCACGGAUAGCAGUGGGGAAUUAAUGUUUCUUAUGAAAUGGAAAGAUUCAGAUGAGGCAGAUUUGGUGCUGGCAAAAGAAGCAAAUAUGAAGUGUCCUCAAAUUGUAAUUGCUUUUUAUGAAGAGAGACUAACUUGGCAUUCUUGUCCAGAAGAUGAAGCUCAAUAAUUGUUUGCAUUGUUUUUUAUAUAUAUUUAUAUAUACACACACAAUCUGGGGCUUGGUUUUUGAUUUACUAAUGUGAAGAAAUAACUACAUCUAAUAAAUCAAGUUUGAUACAUUUGUUUUGAAAGUAGUAUUGAGAGAAUUGUUGGGGGGUGCAUCAAUAGCACUGGUUACUUUGAACAAACAAAAGCUUUCGGUAGUUGCUUCCUUUAUCAGAAAAG